GUGCUUAGACACUCAUGCAUGCAUCCUAUUGAAAAUGGCCAAGUUAUACUCUUUUCACUCUUUGCUCUUUAUUCUCUCUGCCUCACUCUAUUAUUACCUCUUCACUUGCUUAGCUAUGAUUUCUAAAACCAUCACCACAGAUGAAUUUGCACUUCUUGCAUUCAAAUCCUCAAUUACCUUAGACCCUUAUGAUAUUCUUAGUAAUUGGUCAAUUUCCUCUUCUACUUCUUCUUUCUCUUCAUGCAAUUGGGUUGGUGUUACUUGUGAUGAACAUCAUGGAAGAGUGAAUGCAUUGGAUCUUAAUAACAUGGACCUUGAAGGUACAAUUUCUCCUCAAUUGGGAAAUCUUUCUUUCCUUGUUGUUCUUGAUUUACAAGGCAAUAGUUUCUAUGGUGAGUUACCACAUGAGUUACUUCAGUUGAAGAGAUUGAAAUGGUUGGAUUUGAGUGACAAUGAUUUUGUUGGAGAAAUUCCUUCAAGGAUAGGGGACUUAGCAAAACUUCAUCAUUUGGAUCUUUACUUUAAUAAUUUUGUUGGAGCUAUUCCUCAAUCUAUAUCCGACUUGUCAAUGUUACGGUACCUAGAUUUGAGUACAAAUUUCAUCAAAGGAACCAUUCCACAUGCCAUUGGUCAACUUGGUAUGUUGAGGAUUUUGGAUAUUAGAAAUAACAAGCUCUGUGGAAUCCUACCAACAACAAUAUCCAACAUGUCUUCACUUGAAGAAAUUCAUUUAGCAAAUAACUCCUUAUCGGGAGAAAUUCCAAAAGGAAUUGGUGAUCUUACAGAACUGAACACGGUCAACCUUGAAGAUAAUUUGCUCACAGGCAACAUAUUAAUGUUCAACAACACAUCAUUGCAAUACUUAUAUCUUGGAUAUAAUAAUAUGACCGGCGUUCUUCCAUCAAAUGUUUGUCAAUGGCUUCCAAACCUUAGAUUACUCUAUCUUUUUCAUAAUGAUUUUUCUGGUGAGAUUCCAAAUGUUUGGCGUGAUUGCAAAGAGUUGGAAGAUUUGCAACUAUCCGGGAAUAAUUUUGACAAAGGACGUAUUCCGGCUGAUAUUGGAAAAUUGAUCAAACUUCAAGUUUUGUAUCUCGCAGAAAACAACUUCGAGGGUGAAAUUCCAUUGUCCCUCUUCAACAUCUCUUCUUUGAGAGUGAUCAGCCUUCGUAGUAACAAUUUAAAUGGAACUCUUCCACGAUCGAUUGGCAACUGCACAUUUUUACAAAAGUUAUAUUUCACUAAUAACUUUUUUACAGGUUCAAUACCAAAGGAGAUUGGCCAUCUCAAUCAACUUCAGCUUCUAUUUAUGAAAAAUAACAGCUUGAGUGGGCCUAUUCCUUCACAAGUCUUCAACAUUUCAACAUUGAAAUAUUUGCGUCUUGAACUAAAUUCUUUCUCAGGCAUGCUUCCAUCAAAUUUUGGAUUUGGACUUCCUAACCUACAAUUCCUCCAAAUGUAUGGAAACAAAUUUGUUGGAAAAAUUCCAAAUACUAUAUCCAAUGCUUCAAAUCUCUUUUCAGUUAGCUUUAGCGAUAAUGAAUUUAGUGGAAUUAUUCCCAAUUCUUUUGGGGAUUUAAGACAACUCCAAUUUCUCAACUUAGCUGACAAUAAUUUGACAGUAAUUGAUGAUUCUCUUCAAUUCAACUUCCUUACUUCACUUACAAGUUGCAGAUAUCUGAAAUAUCUUGAAGUAUCAGGGAAUAGUUUACCAUCAAAACUUCCCAAGUCCAUUGGAAACUUAUCCGUAGAACACUUUCAGGCAGAAUCUUGUGGAAUUAUUGGAAAUAUUCCACUAGAAAUCAGAAACAUGAGCAACCUUAUUGGAUUAUCUUUGAGGGAUAAUGAUUUAAAUGGAUCAAUCCCUGGUGUAAUUAAAGGGUUACAUAAACUUCAAUAUUUAGAUCUUGGUUACAAUGGACUGCAAGGAUCCAUGAUUGAUGAGCUUUGUGAAAUUAAGAGUUUGAGUGUAUUGUAUUUAUCAAGCAAUAAGCUUUCUGGAGUGUUACCAACAUGUUUGGGAAAUAUGACUUCUCUUAGAAAGUUUCACAUAGGAUCUAAUAGGUUAACCUCUGCGAUACCUUCCUCAUUUUGGAAUCUCGGAGAUAUUUUAGAGGUAAACGUAUCCUCCAAUGCUUUAAUUGGAAAACUUCCACCUGAGAUUAAGAAUUUGAGAGCUGUUAUACUGUUGGACUUGUCAAGAAAUCAAAUUUCAAGCAACAUUCCAACAUUCAUAAGUUUCUUGACAACUUUAGAAACUUUUUCCUUAGCAUAUAACAAAUUGAAAGGGCCUAUCCCGACAUCACUUGGUGAAAUGCUAAGCUUGAGUUUCUUGGACUUGUCUCAAAAUCUUCUUACUGGUGUGAUCCCAAAAUCCUUAGAGUCACUUUCUUAUCUUAAAUACGUUAACUUUUCAUACAAUAGAUUGCAAGGAGAGAUUCCUAAUGGAGGGCCAUUCAAAAAAUUCACAUUUGAAUCUUUCAUGAAUAAUGAAGCACUUUGUGGUAGUCCUCAGUUACAAGUACCUCCAUGUGAUAAACAUAGGAAAAAAUCAAAGAUGUUAUUAAUCAUAUUGAUAUCAUCCAUAAUUGCUGUGCUAGGCAUUUUGGUUGUUGCAUGCAUAAUACUUCGAAUGCAUAAAAGGAAAAAGGUUGACAGUCCACUUGAGAGGAGUUUAUCCGCUCUAGGAGUUCCAAGAAGGAUUUCCUAUUAUGAACUUGUGCAAGCAACUAAUGGAUUCAGUGACAGUAAUUUACUUGGAAGAGGUGGUUUUGGAUCCGUGUAUAAUGGAAUGCUUUCUAGUGGGAAGAUGAUAGCAAUUAAAGUACUUGACUUGACAAUGGCAGAAGCAUCAAGAAGCUUUGAUGCAGAAUGCAAUGCAAUGCGCAACCUUCGACAUAGAAAUCUAGUUCAAAUUAUGAGUAGUUGUUCAAAUCCUGAUUUCAAAUCUCUAGUGAUGGAGUUUAUGUCAAAUGGAAGUGUGGAAAGAUGGUUAUACUCUGAUAACUAUUUUUUGGAUUUCUUGCAAAGGUUGAACAUAAUGAUAGAUGUGGCAUCUGCAUUGGAGUAUCUUCAUCAUGGUUCUUCAAUACCAGUGGUUCAUUGUGAUUUGAAGCCUAGUAAUGUGUUGCUGGAUGAAGAUAUGGUUGCACAUGUUAGUGAUUUUGGGAUUUCCAAGCUCUUGGAUGAAGGACAAUCAAAAACUCAUACAGGGACUUUAGCUACUCUUGGCUAUGUUGCACCAGAGUAUGGAUCUAGGGGGAUCAUUUCAGUUAAAGGAGAUGUGUACAGCUAUGGGAUAAUGCUAAUGGAAAUGUUCACCGGAAAGAAGCCAACAAAUGAAAUGUUUUCAGAAGAAUUAACCUUGAAAACUUGGAUUACUGAAUCAAUGGCGAAUUCCAGUAUGGAAGUUGUGGAUUACAAUUUAGGCUCACAACAUGAGAAAGAAAUUCAUGAUAUCUUAGCUUUAGCAUUGAGAUGCUGUGAAGAUUCACCUGAGGCUCGGAUUAAUAUGACAGAUGCAACUACCUCGUUAAUCAAGAUCAAGACCUCACUCAUCCGAUGAAAAAGGAGAUCAAGAAAUAUAAUUUAGUGAAUUAUAAAGUGCACAUUAUUAUAUGCUUUGGAAAUAUCCCCCCUGUUCCUUUAUUCCAGAUUUAAUAUAAAACAUUGUUCAAUCAGAAAUUGUGUAAUUGUUGCGUCCUGACGCUCUUGUUAUGGUAUCAUCUACUGAAGUUGUAUUUGAGUCUCAUGUUGUCAAGAUUCGUAGAUGGUGUGAUGAACAUUUGUGUUUGAGCACCCUUAUUAUUUGAACUAUGAGUCUCACAUUGUUGAGAUUCAUGAGUUGAGACUAA